AUGCAUCUUAUGUAUACGCUAGACGAGAGUGGGAACAGAAUAUACACUUUGAAUAAAACAACAGAUACAGGCCGAAUUACCAAGUCUGCACACCCAGCACGUUUCUCGCCCGAUGAUAAAUUCUCGAGGCACCGUGUUACUCUUAAAAAGCGUUAUGGUGUCCUGUUAACUCAGCUCCCUAGCAAGCCUAUGUGA